UCAACCCACUGUGCUCGACCAGCUAUUUACAAAACAUGUGUGCUGGCCACACUUCUUCUUUUACAUAGUGAUUUGGAUCCUUAUAGUUAUGUGUAUCCACGUGUACAGCCUGGGUAGGGCUGAAUAAGCAUCAGCGGUAUUGACUCAUGUAAACAAAACAACUAAAUGAACAUUUAACAAGCGGCUUUCGUGCUCUAUUCGCCAUGGCCCAGCCUGCUGAAAAAGCGUACUAUCGCUUUGUGGUUUUGUUUUUCAACUGUCUGCUCACGUUCGGGUCGUACUUUUGCUUCGACAUCCCCAGUGUACUGCAGGACCAGUUCCAAGGGAACUUGACGUGUAGUAAUACCACAGUGAUCAAUGGCACAGUGGACUGUGUGGAAGGACUGGGGAUGACCCCUCAGGAGUACAACCUGCUGUAUGCUAUCUAUGCAUGGACGAAUGCAGUGGUGGUGAUAAUGGCAGGGUUCCUGAUUGACAAGCUGGGAAACCGCUUUGGGGUCUUCCUGUUCUCCUUCCUGUGUGUGCUGGGCUCCGCCAUCUUUGCUCUGGGCUCUCACUUCAAAGGGACAGAAUACCUGCUGCCCCUCAUGCUCACUGGACGACUGCUUUUCGGCUCAGGGAAUGGAUCACUCACCAUUGUCCAGAACCGCAUCACAGCCUUCUGGUUCCGGGGGAAGGAGUUGGCCCUGGCCUUCGGUCUGACGCUGGCCUUUUCACGACUGGGGUCCGUUCUUAACUUCUUCCUGACCCAGAAGUUUGAAGCUCAGUAUGGCAUGCAGUGGACCUUAUGGGGAGGUGCUUUCUUGUGUGUCCUGGGUUUCCUUUCGGCCAUCACAGUCAGCAUCCUGGACAAGGUAGGCAUGAAGCAGUUGGGACUGGACGGGGCCAUCCAGGAAGAGUCACGCAAAGUGAGGGUGCAGGAUGUAAAGCUCCUGUCUCUCCGCUACUGGCUGCUGGUUCUUACCAUCAUGUUCUUCUACAAUGGCAUCUUCCCCUUCAUCGCUGAUGCCAGUAAGUUCAUUCAAGAUAAAUACAGUGGCUACAGUCAGAAGGAGGCUGCCUACAUCGCGGGUGCCGUUUAUGACAGCUCCCUAAUCCUGUCAGCCAGCGUGGGCAUUCUUAUCGACUGCGUGGGCUUGCGUGGGGUCUUUGCUUUGUUGUGUGCUGUCAUCACACUGCCUGUGUUCGGACUCCUGGCCUUCACCUUCGUCCCGCCCCUCGUCUCCACCAUCUGGCUCGGAGUCACCUACUCCUUCGCUGCCGCAAGUAUGUGGCCCUCUAUUCCCCUGGUGGUCCCUCAGGCAACUCUAGGGACAGCUAUGGGGCUUGCCACUUCAGUACAGAUGAUUGGUAUUGGUGUGUCUAAUCUUGUAGUCGGGCAGAUUUUGGGCACCGAGUCUAGCGAUGCUAAGAUUCCUUUGUGGCGUUGGCAGAGGAUGAUGAUCUUCAUGCUGGCUAACACCAUCGCCUGCAUCAUCACCUCUGUGCUUCUCAACAUCGUGGACCACCGCCAGGGUGGAACUCUGAAUAAGACCACCAAGAGAUCUGGGGCCCCAGCCCCACUCACCAGUGGACCCAGCGACCAAGAACCACUGGUACAGGGAGAAGAAGACCCCGACGAUAGAGAGGAAGAGUCGGCUCGAUCUCCCUCUGUCAACAGCUCCUAAUGUUUAUGGUAGUUGUCAGGAUUUCGCCUCAAAUGUUGUAAAUGUUCUGAAUUAUUGUAUCUGCCAGGGAUAUAUUAUUCCCAUCUAUGUGCCAGUAUACCUUACCCUGUGUUUACGUUUUUUUCAAUUUAUUUUCUCAUGGCAUGCUAGUUUCAGAUGGCUCCAAACAGGAAUUACAUGAGAAACACACACCUUAGAAAUGUAAUCCUUGCCUCAAUUUUGUGCCUCUGGGAAGAUGAAUAAUGUUUUCUUAACACUGCUUUCUAAUACUGUAGAUUAUUAUUCUUAUAUCAGACCUAAAAAAAGUUUUCUGAGUCAUGCUUCAGCAGCUGUUAGUCAGCUGGUUUUACUUAUCAAAGAGUUGGUCAUGUUCUCAUCUUGCACACUAAAUGUCCUUUAAUUGAAGUUGACAUGAUUUUUUAGGUCAACAUUUCAGAACAGAAAGCAUACCUUUCAUUCAGAGUUAGUAUCACAGACCUCGAAAUUAGGAUGGAAUUCUAAAACAAACCAAUGCAGGUUUUUGGUUCAUACCUUUCCUUUAGGAUGUGAUAACUGGUUGGUUUUAAUGCUGUCAAGCCUGUAGGCCUACCCAAUUUGGUAUUAUUAACAUUUUGUGAGAUAUUAACAAAUACUUUAGCUUUAGACUAGUCAAUGUGAAACAAUCACUUUGGUGCCAUGUGAUGAGAUUUCAGACGGUAUUUCUAUUAUGCCGUGACUUACUGUUUUGUAUGCCUGCUGCAGAAUUAGCGAGAUAAAACGCAAGUUACUGCUGUAGGCUAAUGAUGCUUUGAUCUGUCUACAAGAAACUACAAAAAGGGAUGUCGUUUUUUAUACGUUCAAGCCGAAUAAAUGUUGAUUCUUAAA